AUGAAAAAGGAAACACUGUUUUCUGUAGUCUCUUGCAUUGGAAGCAGGAAGGAAAUGACCACAGCCACCACUUUGGGGGACGCUGUCUUCUCACUGAAUAUGACCAGAGGAGAAGACUUCCUGUAUAAGAGUUCUGGGGCCAUCGUGGCUGCCAUCGUGGUGGUCGUCAUCAUCAUUGUCACCUUGGUUCUCAUCCUGUUGAAGAUGUACAACAGGAGAAUGAGGACCAGGCGGGAGUUGGAGCCCAAGAGCCCGAAGCCACCUGUGCCUCCCGCCCUGGACCCAAACAGCAACGGCAGCCAGCAGCCUGCGACUGUGACCUUUAACCCUGCAGACAUCCAAGUGGAGACCCGGUGA